AAAACAUGCCAGACAAAGUCGUUAGGCAACCGAAUAACGAGAAUUGUACAUCGUUCAUCGUUUAGACCGUAUGUCGAGCGUAUUCGGAACUGCGGGAGCCGAAUCACCUCAUGAUGGCCGCCGCGGGGGCGGGACGUGAACGUAAAGUCUCGUCAUCGCUUGGCCACAUUACGCUGACAUUCGAGGUUGCUAUUUAGGCAGCCAGACCUCUGCCAUUUGGUAGGUUUGAUCUAUCCAUUCUAUCAGCAAAAAUGAGGUUCUCACACAUUCUACCUUUGGCUGCCUUGAGCGCCGCAUUUGUCGUACCAAACGAGCAGGUCUUCAGUGAACUAUCGAUUGAUGAUACCACUCACGCCCGUGCAAACCAGGGAGCCUGGUCUGAGCAGGUCCUUUCUGAGCUGAAGCAUGACUUUGCUGAGGCUGAGAAGGGCAUCAAGGAGGCUUCAAACAAUGCUAAGCACGCCCUUGACGAGGCCUUUAGCUCCGUUUCGGAUGCCUCGAGCUCAAUGACGACCAAGUUCCAGGAGACCGCCUUCGAUGCUAAGUCUUGGUUCGAGUCCAACGCCAACAAGGCCUACGAGGAUGCAUAUGAGGCUUUGGACAACCACGGAGAUCACCCUCAUCACCCUCCUCCCCACCACAAAGACCCUCAUCACGGUGGCCCCCACCAUGGCCACAAGCCUAACGAGACUGUUUGGCAGCUGCUCAGCUCGUCAAAGUACACUGAGAAGUUCUCGAAGCUCAUCUCCGAGUACCCUGACCUCGUCGAGAAGCUCAACUCGACUGACUCUGGCAACUUCACCAUCUUCGCACCUGCCGACUCGGCUUUCCCUGACCACGAUCCUCACCACAAGCCUAGCAAGGAGAUGAUCAAGAAGUUCCUCGAGUACCACAUCAGUAAUGACUUCUACCCUGCUGGCAGAGUCCUCAUCACCCACACCAUUCCUACUCUCUUCGAGGGCGAGCAUUUGCCCGGCAAGGCUCCUCAGAGACUCAGUGUCCACCUUGGUCUCAAGGGUUUGACUAUCAACUUCUACUCCAGAGUGGUUGCCAUCAACGUCUUCGGUACCAACGGUGUCAUCCACGGUGUCGACAGCCUUCUCAUUCCUCCCCCAAGAGCUUUCAAGAUCAUUGACCUUCUUCCCUCUGAGUUCUCUACUUUCGAGUUGGCUCUCGGCAAGACUGGCCUUCUUGACGCCUACAACAGCACCGACCAUCCCAGCGGUACCCUGUUCGCCCCUUCCAACUUUGCCUUCCAGAAGCUUGGUCCUAAGAUCAACGCUUUCCUCUUCAGCGAGUACGGCAGAAAGUACCUCAAGGCUUUGAUCCUCUACCACACUGUCCCCGACAACGUCCUGUACAGUGAUGCUUUCGUCAAGGCCGAGGGUCAUGAUGGUAUUCCCAAGGGUCACUGGCACGUUGAUCUUCCCACUGCUCUCGAGGAGCACUCCUUGUCUAUCGACGUUGGAAGAUACGGUGGUCUUAUUGACAUCAAGGUCAACGCCUUCUCCCGCGUUAGCGUACAGGAUGGUAUUGCUGCCGAUGGUGUCAUUCAGGUCGUCAGCGAUGUCCUCAUCCCUCCCAAGAAGCUCAAUGGCGCUAAGCUUAGAACUUCCAACUGGUUCGGCUCGGAGAAGGAGCUCAGCCUCGAGGAGUUCAAGGCCAGAUUCGAGCCUCACGUCGAGAGAAUGAUCGACCUUUAAAUCAGAGGCGAUACUUCUCGAUUUAUGAUAUGACCACACGAUCCUUUCUAUCAUCUUUAAUUAGUAUGUAACAUUAGUAAUUGCCCUUUGAGGCAACUCGGAACAAAAAGGCUUUGAGCUACUGUACAAUCUCAAAAA